ACUGAUGCCCAUUCCCUUCAUUUCGUUUUAUUUUCCUCAAUCCAAACGGCGCCUUCGGACGGCCUUGACUAGCAAAUCGGGUGAUUGCGUUAUAUUGAAGACAAUCAUGGACUCGUAUGCCAUACUCCUGCCAGAGCUCAGAUAGGACCCAAAAUGGAGAACGCCAGGGAAUCUCUUCAGCUAGCCAAGGAAGAGUCCGACCGCGUAUCCCAACUCACCUUCCCUCCUCACCGACCCCAUCUCGAUUCUAGCUUCUACGAGUAUUACGCCCUUCGCGGUAUCCGAGUCGACCGAGUCGAAGCUGGCUACGUUUCUUGCACUUUCAAAGUCCCUUCUCGCCUCAUCGAUAGGAAUGGAAAUUUGGCAUCAGGGGCGGUGGCCAACCUAGUGGAUGAAAUGGGUGGUGCUUUGGUCCACGUGGAAGGACUCCCCAUGAAUGUUUCAGUGGAUAUGUCCAUUUCUUACCUCUCAACUGCCAAACUUGAUGAUGAAUUGGAGAUUGUCUCGACACUUUUAGGUCGAAAAGGUGGUUAUUCUGGAACGCUUGUGAUCGUGAGGAACAAAUUAACAGGAGAGCUUAUUGCCGAAGGCCGACAUUCACUGUUUGGUAAACAUGCAAGCAAAAUGUGAUGUUAUGAUCACUGGAUGUAUGUAAUACAUGCAGAAACUUUUAUUUUGACAUCAGGGACAUGUUUCUACUUAGAUAAUGAAAUUUAUAAUUGCAUGUUAGCAAUAAGCGUUCAUUUUGAAAUUUGAAAGAAACUGGUGGAGAUUUAAAUCUUUUAAGUUUUAGUUGCCUUUUGUGCUUAUGUACAGAUCUUCCUACAAGUUUGCAUCUAGUUGUUAAAUAUACUUGAAUUUUGAAUCUGCUGUAUGUGUUAUUGUGUUUGAUGCAUGGUCAAACUUCAGAGCAGAAGAAACAAUGCCAAAUUCAUCUAUUGUUAUUAACUCUGUUUAAUUGGUGAGCUCACAUACCUGACCUGUGGAUAGCACAAGAAAUCUAAUCUUUCAAAUGGUCACUUGGUGGUAUUGCACAUCAAGUAAAAUUAAUUUAAUCUUCAUACAUUGGAAUUAAAUUAGCAGUAUCUAGAGUACACUGUCAGCUAAAAACAAUGAGCUGCAAGUGACAACAGUAACCACAGGAACAGUGUACAAAGGCAGAAGUAAUUGUGGAAUCCUGAGAAGGAUGUCUGCAACAGACACCGAGCUUUGUAUUCCUGUACUUGGAGAGUCAGAUUGCUGGAAAAAAAAUAGGUAAUUGGUGAUGAACUUUUCUCCCAAAGCAUCAACUGUGAAGGAUAGUGGCUUUGUAGAGUGAUUGCAACCAGUGUAAGAUGUAUACUUCUGUUGUAUCAGCCUGUCUAAUGGAGUUUGUGACAUAGACUGCGGUUGUUUGGUUAGUAAGACAGCACACUUGGGCGGUAAUUUCUGAUAUAAUUAAGUCGAAGUGGGUUCACGGUUGACUGAAAUCUUUUGAUGCUUCAUUCUUAAUUUUCAGCAGUGAUGUUGGCUGAAUAUAUUCCGAUUGUGACAAUUGCACCAACAGAGUGUAAGUUUGCCACCAGAAAAAACAUGCCAUGAGGCUCCCUAGGGUUUCAUAGGUUGCCUGAAGAUUGUCUCCUGCAGGAUUAUAGCCAGGGACAGUAUGGACAUACGGUGAAAAGCUGAACCUUUUGCUACCUUCUCAAAUUAGUAGGUCAUGGGGUAGCGGCUUUUUCUAUUUCUGUAGAUGGAACUGGAAGAUAUUCUUCUGGAACGAGAUACCAGACAAAUGGGAAGUCUGGAGUGAAUUCUAGCUGGACAUACAGAUAGACUUUGAGAUCACUAAGAUUUUCCAGGAUUAAUUGUUUGCUUCGAUGCCUGGAGAGUUCCCAUUCUACCGAAGCUCUUCUGCACAUUGAAUGGAACGAGCUGUAAUUUGUUCGGAAGUUUUCCGAACUUAAUGCCGCUGACUCUACAGAAGGGGAAGGGGUUCAAUGGUCUCUGCACUAUUUGAAACACGGGGAAAGGAAGUAGUUAUUCGUCUGCUAACUGCUUCUGCUUUAAUGUUGGAACUGGAUUAGUGGUUGGUAUAAUCAUCCAGAGUCAGAUAGAGCAGCUGAUGACGAAUUGUUUAUCUUACCAAAGAGAUGAUUGCACUUGUAUCUUGAAAUUUGUCAUUACAGAGUAAUUUGACAAGGCACUGGAUCGGAUUCUGAAAAUAAUUGGAUGUGAUCAUGAUAACAGUGCAACAAACGAGUCAUGGUUUUAGCAAAAUUUUGCUACAACUGGAAUAAGAAGCUCAAGCUGGAAUUAUUAUUAUUAUUAUUA